AUGGUCUACUUCAGGGAGAACACCACCGAUGGAGGGGAAGGGGACGAUCUGGACCGCCGCAAUAGCUCCGCGGAAGAGGGAUCGAGUGGCGCUAACGAGUCCGUUUCGUCUGAGACAUCAGGGUUGGGUCAGGGAAGCGGGACGGCUGCCGGUGGACUUGGAGAGAGGUUCGCCGACGCUCCGACGGAAGGCGGUGACGGCGAUCUCUUAUUGGCCUGUGACGAGUUGGAGAGAGGGGUGCUGCAAUGGCUGCGAGCCCUGGAUCUGCAUGUUAUCGGGGCAUGCCGGGUUGACGAGAGGCUGAAGCCGCUUUUUAAGCUGAAUAUAUCCAGCGGCAUCGCUGAGGAUCGGCUAGUUGCUCAGUUGAGUCAGGUUGAUUAACGGCCUCGGCUCUCCUAUCUGUACCAGUUUCUCGCACACGACUCUUGUUAAGAGCUUCGGUACGUUCUAAGUUUAUCUCGUGCAUUAUUUUGCAGCAUUUUGAGGCCACGGAAAUCGGAACACUUGCAAGAUGCCUUUGUGUUCCCCUUGUAUCAGUUCGCGUCGGGAGGGUCAACAAGGAGGGGGCUCUCCUAUGUCCAAUUGCUACAAAGUAAUUGACCAUACUUCAACUCCGUUCUAGCUGUGCUUUACUUUCUCACCGGCACGAUUUAUUUUUUGUAUUAUCGCAUGCCUUUCGUCUGUCUGAUUCGAUUUUCGUGGUUUUUUUUUUUUACAUCUCUGUAUAUAACUGCAUAUCGAAGAACGCAAGAACGGUGCCUUUUUAUUCAUUUUGCAACACUCUCGGUUCGUCGUUGGUGUCUGGCAUUAUUGUAUAAGAUUUCGGUUAGUAUUCUAUGAUUAAUGACUUGGGAAUACCAUUCAUGGUCCUUUCGUGAUUAUUUCUGUCAGAAGUUUCUGUUAAAUGACGCAGCCACAAUUUGAGGGCAUGUAGCAUUCUAUUCUGAUGUAUGUUAUGUGCUGAACAUUUUUUCUUGGUUAAAAAGAAAACCAGUUGAGGCUUCGGGCUCAACAGGGACCUGAGGUGCACCUCAAGAAGAUCUUGUGAUGCUAGUGUUUGGCUUGCUUUGGGAGUUUUUGCGACCAAAAUUUUACUUGAAAACUCAAACCAUCCCUUGCAGUUAGGCUUUCAAGUAUCAAAUCGGACGUAGAUAGGAGGGAAGUGUGAAAGAAGAGAUGGCGCCUAGAGAUUCCUUGGAUAUUUGAGCGUCUCUUGGUCUGUAGUAGAGGAAGAAAAACAUCCCACCUAAUCCACAGAUGCAUUCAGUCCCAGGUAUGGAUUAUAACAAGUCUUUGAUGACAGGGAAAAUGGUCUGGUGGAGAAAUAACUCUUGGCUGAGGUGAAUUUUGAUGCCAUGGAAAUGUUAACUGACAUGUAGGCCGUAGGGCCUGUCACCAACAUGAUCUGGGCACAUUACAAUUACCUAUGUUACUAGAGACACGACUGGAGAAGUCAAGCUGGUGAGAUUCUACUGUUGUUACGCAUCUCAGCCAAAGGUCUUCCGACUUGGGGGAGGGGGAGGGGGGGGGGGUUGUUACUUUCAUUGUCUCAGAUAAUGAACCAAGUCAAAGAAGGAGACUUGAAGAUUUUUAUAUUUGUCAUACUUUGGCUCCAUAAUAUUCUUAUGUUAUUUAGAAAUAUGUAAAAGGAUUGUCAGAUUUGAGUUAGAAAUAUGGGUUUUAAGUUGGGUUUGUCAAUUAUUUAAUAAAAUGGAAUCAAGGGAUUGAUGUUUUACAGUUCCCUGAACACUUCAAAUUCUUGGAACGAAAUAUUUUUACAGUACAAUCCUUGCUAGAGAGUUAGGUCCCAUACAUCUCACAGACUACUUUAUGCUCCGUUAUUCAUGUUUGUUUCAAUGUGAUAUUGUUUCUACUCAAUGCAUACAUAUGCUAAAGAAUUGGGAUUCUGUUCAUACACUAAAUAUCAUCCCACUAUGAUAUAUAAUCCGCCGUCUACCUUGGCGCAAAUUGUUUGACUGUAAAAUUGUAGGAAAAGCUGUAUGGGAAUAUAAACGCACUUCUGGUGUGGGGACGGUGAGAUUGCACUGCUAGUGCGUUUUGGUUCUUAAGGGUGACAUUGGUGGUGUAGAGGAGCUUUCUUACACAUGCCAUUUCUGACUGUUAUAUUCUCAACAGUUAUUUUUAGUGUGUCGUAGCUAUGGCCAUGGGAAAGUUUUUGCUUUUCUUAAUCAGUCUUAUCAGUUCUGUGUUAGGAUCGUUAUCGACUUAGAAAAUCUUAUGAUCCUGGGGGAAGGUCGUUCAUUCUUCUCUUGGCCUUUCAAAAAUUUUAGAGUUCAAAUGCCAGAGGAGGGAAAACAGAAAGGCUAUUGAGGGAAUAAGUGUGUUAAAUGGGAAACCAGUGAAAAGUAAGGGAGAAAUGAAGGUGAUAGAACGAUUCCAGACCCCUGUGGUUGUGGAAUACUGCUGAACUCAGCUUAGAUGACGGCAGUUGGGAUCAGGUCUGUGGUUUGUGUUUAAUUUCGCUGCUUGAAGACCUGAUUGGUCCUAUUCUCCUUCCCCUCGUAAUUUUGGAUUAAUCUGCCUUUGGAUUCCAUGCAAAUAAUGCUAUUUGCUUGUAAUUUUGGACACUUUUUUGUAUUUUAUUUUAGCAUCCUGCAUUAAAUGGCGACGGGGAAAUUAAUUACAGGUGCCCUUUUGUACUCAAAUGAAAUACGGUAGAUAUUUUCUUGACACCGCCAUUCUGGAACAUUACUGGCUGAAUUUAUGCCAUCGUCUUGUCUCAAUUAUCUCUUUUCAAUUGCUCACAUCCUUUCGCUGUCUUGAUUGCGUAUAUUUGACUGUACAAGUUUGUAUAUGUGCAAGCAUAGAAAACGAGAAUUCCAAUUCUAAAAUCUAAAUGUUAUAUACACACGGAAUCUCUUUUGAGCAUUGGAGUAUCAUUCUCUCCAGGAUGAGCACAUAUUUAAUUCUUCCCUUCUUAUGGACUAUUUAGGUUUUUGGAUAUUAUUGAUCCAAUUAUUAGCAGGGAUGACGACUUUGGCGCAUCAUAUUUACAUCUUAUUCACGAGUAGCGUAACUAUUCAAACCGUUUUGUUUUCUGAGUGUUCAUUUUUUCCUUCUCCUUUGCUUUCUGUCGUAUAUAAUGUAAGAAAACACUUGGGCAAACUUGUGCCGUAUUGUGUAACUGGGUGACCUGUAGCAAUGAGAAAUAGGAUUAUUUGCUAUUUCUCCUUAACAAAAAAAUUAGCUGUGUUGACUUGCUAACUUGAAACUCUAAACCUAGCGUUGCAUUUCAUUAGUUGUAAAUUAAUACCGAAGUGGGUUCUGUAUCUGCUAUCAUUUACGGAAAAAAAGUUGCAGGAUUGCGUGUUUCGACUUAUUAGCGGUGACAAUGUUCAUCCUCCCAAAUGAAAAUGUUUUUGAUUGUAGGUAAACUGGGCGUGUCUGAUGUACUGUAAUGAUCUCUGAAUUGUGAGGAGGUAAAGGUAGUUUCUUCAUGUCCCUGUAACACGCUUUCCUUUCUUCUGCUUCUCCUCUCUAUCGCCUUUUCUCGCCAUCUGGACGGUGAUGUUAUUCUACACCAUUAGCAAGAUACGACAGGGAGGCUUUAUUGGUCUAAUAUCAAUUGCGAAGCCUCUCCUGUUGAACACCUGCAUUUCCUUUUUUGCCGUAAUCUGAUAUUGACUUCUUUCCUGUGAACGCCGGUUUCAGUUAUCAGUUGACCUGUUGACAAGUCUGCCUGCUGGGUGAGAUAUCUCUCCGAAGCAUGCUAGAUUGUCUGACGGAUAUUUUUUUAUGUAGGAUCAUGCCAUCCGACGCUCUAUCCCUCUGUUCUUUGUGAUUCCCCUUUGUGACCUGUAUAAUUUCUGCUCUCUCUCUCUCUCUCUCUCUCUCUCUCUCUCUCUCUCUCUCUCAUAUUGGUCAAGACGCUGUUUAGCUUUAGUGAGCAUGAGGGUAGAUUUUUUCUUUUUUAUGCUCGUGUCAGUUCCAUUUUUUCUCGCUAACAUUUUGUUGGGAACACACCGAAGAGCAUUUUUUUCGAUUCUUUUUUUAUGUUAUGAUGGUUCAUUCGACUCUUUGACCAACAGGGUGAAGGCAAUGUAUGCCUUUUUAUAUAUUAAAUGCCUAUGCUUUGAUUUACUUAAUAAUUAUUUCUACUCUGGAAUUCAUAGAAGCUUCUAGAUGCCUACUCCACGCUCUGUUCCCCAUUUGCCAGAGAAGUCAACCCCCCCGCCCCCACCCCAAGUGAGUAUCGGAAUAGUAGCCAACGUGUAGGAGAGUGCCGGGGGUUGGCUUAUUGGGCCCAUUAACUUGAACACAUGAGGCAGCUUGUUUGUCAUUGCAACCGACGGUUUUCAGAUUUCGUGGUGAUUGCCGAGCAACUGAUCGGGGACCAGGAGGGAAUACAAUGUUUUCAUUCGUGAAUGCUUGAUGCUUGGAGUUCAGCACCCGGUGAAUUGGAUUCUACUUUCACAGCUUCAGAUCUAUCACCUGGGUUCUCCUCAUUCCUAUGUUGUUUUUUGAAAAGACUAUCUUCAUCUCAGGGUCCUUCCCAUUUUUUUCCAUUUUAAGACACUGCGGUUACCUCAUGCUGUUUUGCCCGCAAUCUCCUGCGCGCGGAAUCGGGCACGUGUUUGAUUUGAAGAACUUGAGUUUUCCUUUUUCCUCUUUCUUCAUUCUGCUUUUAAAUUGCUGAAAAAAAACUCGACACGGUCUUGACCCGCUCUGUAUGUACACUGAUGUUUGCCAGGGGCUAUCUUCAGCUCACCCUCCUGCCCACCUCUGACAUGCGUCUAUCGUUCUGCGGGGACAACGGAGUCAAGGAGAGCCUGGCCGUGGUGAGCCACCUUGCGGGGGAUUCGGAGGUCAUGAUUGAAGAGAUCUCGGCCGACGGCACUGGUCGCACGUUCCUCUUGAGGCUUUCGGUGAACCACCUGGCUUAUUUCUGGUGCUCAGAGAAGUCUCAGUUUCUCGGGUCCGAGCUCCUGUCGAAGGUGUGUUUUCCUCGGUGUUUAGUAUACAUAGCCAAAUCCUGUGGUUCGGAGAUCCCACCUCCGCAAAGCCGACCCUUAAGCAUGAGCUUCACUGUCUUUGGUCGGCCCUUGGAGAGUUUCCGCUGACAGACGUUCUGAUGUGCUUUUUUUUUCCCCUGGGGGGGAGGCAGAUGAAGGAUUUGCUUCGGAGGAGGCCGUCUCUAUCUCAGUUAACAGGGAUCUCCGAGCUGCGACUCGAUUCCUUUGCGACUCAUCUCCGAGCCUACCUCCUUCGCCCUCCGAUUACCAUUGAAGCUUCCUCCGGAGCUCAUCCCUCCACCGUCCUCAUGGAGACCGCCCGCAUUCCGGUGUCCAACCCCGGCAGCCGGCCCGCGCCCGCCGUCCCAAGCUUCUCCCACGCCCGGUCCGGUGUGGGCCGACCCACGAGGACUGCCACCAGCUCGAACCCAAGGUGCGGCGGAGAAGACGGCCCUCCGCCGCCGGGCGCCGGAGACCCGCCUGCGGAGGUUUCGACCUCCUCGGCGCGGUGCGGGUCUCCCAGCGGCGGAGGCGGUGGCGGCGAUGACGACGAGGCCCGGGAGUGCAGCAGAUCUAGGCCCCUUCACCAACCACAGCCGUUCCGGUUCCCGGAGAUCCCCAACCUGAGCUAUCUCUCGUCCUCCUUUUCCCCGUCUCAGGUCGUCCCUGCCGCUCCGAGCCCAUCGCUCUUCUCGCCCUACUACUGCUGGUGCCCCCCUCUCUCUUCCCUUCAGAACCCCCCCUCAGUUCCCCCUCACCACCCGCCGUCCAUGGCCUCCGAGGGCACCCUGCUCUUUCCACCCCUCGACCUCUCCGAGGGCCCGGCGCUUGACCUGGACCUCCCGUUGAUCUUCCCGCUCCCUUCCUUUGCUGCCAAGUCGAGCGCCCAGCAGAUCCCCACGUUCACCCCCUUCAUGUCCGACCCCAUCGUCCACGUCCCCGUGAUCGACGUCUGCUCCUCCGGCGGCCAGGGGUACCUGGUCAGCGCUGGUCCCGCCAUCUCCUCCGCCGUCCCCCCUCUCCACCCCGGCAUCGUCAGCCCCCUCCUCCCUGAGGUGGAGUCCUCGGCGGAGAAGAACGCCAGGGAGACCCUGCGGAUGCUCAUGGCGGCGUCGGCUCCCGCCACCCCGCAGCUGAUCGAGGUGAUCCCCGCCGUCCUCACCACCGUCAGCGACGGCUUCCCCUGUUUGCACCACGUAAGCAUCUCUCUCUGUUCCGUUCCGCCACCCGCGCGUGGUGUGGCGCUUGCCCAAUUACCAUUCAUUCUUCUCUGUCUGAUCUGUCUGGGUCACGCAGGGCUUGAACCACGGCGUGCUGGUCGUCGGAAGCCGAGGCCUUUACACUGGGACGAAGGACGUGGACGCCACUACGAGGUGCGGGCACCCUCUGGGAAUCUCGUCUCCUCCCCCAACCACACUGGAGAUCAGAGACGCGACGAACGGCCACAUUGA